AUGUCGCGCUCGUCGAUUGAAUUAGUUCAAUACCCGGAGCCAGUCACACAACCCCCGAGUCUCAGUUUGAAGGGCAGCAACACUCCGCCGUUGAACGACACUCGGCCUAUCAACCCACCUGCCAAUGCUGUGGUAGCUCAACAGGCCGAUGUUCCUGGAAAGGGGACAACCACCAUUGUGCUACUUUGCGUCGUUUGUAUUACAGGCAUUAGCAGUUUGCUGGCUGGCUUGGUGACGGUUGGGCUGCCAACUAUGGCACAUGAUUUGCGGCUCGAACCGAAUUUGCUACUGUGGCCAGUUUCAAUCUACGCAUUGACCUGUGGUUGUACUCUUCUUCUCCUCGGCUCUGUCGCAGAUGUAGUAGGGAGCAGACCCAUGUAUCUCACCGGAUGUGUCCUUCAGUCCGGGUUCACUCUUGCCUGUGGUCUCGCACAAGAUGGCAUGCAACUCAUAGUAUUCCGCGCUUUUGCUGGGAUUGCCAUCUCUUUCUGCCUUCCGUCCGCUGUCAGCAUCAUCACCACUACCUUUCCCGAAGGCAAGAGUAGGAACAUUGCUUUUGCUUCGAUGGGCGGGGGCCAACCGAUCGGGUUUUCUCUAGGACUUACGCUCGGUGGCGUCUUUUCUGAUACCAUUGGAUGGCGCUGGGGCUUCCAUAUUGCCGCUAUUAUCAACACGAUUAUUUUUGUAGUAGGCUUCUUUGGAUUGCCCAAGGUCGAUGCGGAACAGCACGAUAUCCUAAAUCGUCUGAAGCAUGAUAUCGAUUGGUUUGGGGCCAUUAUUGCCAUAUCUAUUAUUCUUAUCCCGGUAUUCAUCUUUUGGGUCGGUCGACAAGAGAAGCUUGGAAGGCCUGCCAUCAUCCCCAAUUCUCUCUGGCGCAACCGCAUCUUUACCUCCAUCUGUAUUGGUGUCUUCCUCACCUGGGGUGUUUUCAACGCUAUCGAAACAUUCUUAAGCCUCUUCUUCCAAGACGUCCAAGAGAUCUCCGCCAUUCAAUCCUCCAUCCGCUUCCUUCCUGCACCGAUCUCAGGUGCCCUAGCAAAUCUAGUCAUGGGAUUGAUUGCCCACAAGGUCCGCGCUGACUGGGCAGUAUUGUUCGGGACCUUGAUGACAUGCCUUGGAGCGUUACUCAUGGCGGUGAUUCAGCCUCAGUGGACAUACUGGGUGUGUGCUUUUCCAGCAAUGUUCUUGAACCCCAUCGGAGCGGAUGCAUUAUUCACAGUCUCGAAUCUCGUCAUUACUAGCGUAUUUCCGGCGAGGACUCAGGCUCUUGCUGGUGGCGUGUUCAAUACGAUCGCUCAGAUUGGGAAGAGCGUGGGGCUUGCUACAAGUGCGGUAAUUGCUAGCAGUGUGACGGCGCAGAGUGGGUAUAAGGAUAAAGAGGGGCCUCUAGCAUUAAUGGAGGGGUUUAGGGCCGCGUUUUGGUAUUGUUUUGCGUUGAGUUGCGCGACGGGAUUGCUGUUUGCUUGGGGUUUGAGAGGAAUUGGGAGGGUGGGCGUAAAGAGGGAGUAA